AUGCCUGAGUCUCCUUUAUGGCGAUGCACCUGCAACUCCCUCACUCUCACUUCUUCCUCCCUUAUUACAAAGUACAAACUCCUCUUAACCGCUGCUCCAAAACCUCAGCUUUGUCAAUUCGGCGUCCGUCACCGUCGCUGCCUCCUCAUCACAAAUUGUGCUUCGUCACCGAAUGAAACAAUAGUUGCUAGUAGGAAACCAGCGAGGACCAAUGCAGAUCUCUGCAACGUUUUACGGGAAUUUAUGUCCGAUGUUGGGUUUCCUGAUGAACAUGUUCCUUCUUUGAAGGAGCUUUCGCACCAUGGCAGGCAAGAUCUUGCGAACCUUGUGAGAAGAAGAGGAUAUAAACUUAUUAAAGAACUUCUUGCAGCCUCACAAGAGGUCAGGAGUGAGAUUUGUUAUUUAGUUCAUUGA